AUGGCGCCGCAGUACACGAUUCAUCAACGCCAAUGUCAUCUGAAGUGGGACAAUAGUAUCCCUCCGGUCGCGACGGUCGCGUCUGGCAGCGUGGUCAACUUUGAUUGCCUCGAUGCCUCGAAUGGGCAGAUCAACGCUUCCUCGACCAUAGAGUCUGUUGCGAGGAUGGACUUCAGCCAAGUGGAUCAGGUGAAUGGGCCUAUAUUCGUCGAAGACGCGGAGCCGGGGGAUGUGUUGGAGGUGGAAUUCCUCGAGCUGGAGACGGCCGACUGGGGCUGGACCGCCAAUAUCCCUGGCUUCGGUGCACUCGCAGACGUGUUCGAAGCGCCGGCACUGAAGAUCUGGAAGAUCGAGAAGGACGAGAACGGUCAGCAUUUCACCUGGUUCAAGGAGGGCAAGAUCCGCAUUCUUACCGCACCCUUUUGCGGUGAGAUUGGCGUUGCCCGUGGAGAGAAGGGCGCAUUCUCUACUAUCCCGCCGUAUAGAACUGGGGGGAAUAUUGAUACGAAACAUAUCACUCUUGGGACGAAGAUCUAUCUUCCUAUCGAGGUGAAGGGCGCACUGUUCUCGGUGGGAGAUGGACAUGCUGCACAAGGAGAUGGAGAGUGCUGCGGCACCGCCAUCGAAACGCCGAUGAAAGUCUCCGUCCGCCUAACCAUCCACAAGAACAUGCCCUACGUGAAAGAACCAUCCUUCCUCACCCCCGGACCUCUGGCCUCCAACUUCAACACCGGAAAGCACUACUCCACUCUUGGCAUCGACCCUAAUCUGAGAGAGGCGACAAAGAAAGCCGUCACGUUUAUGGUCGAUUACCUCGAAAGCGUGCAUGACUUGACCAGGGUAGAGGCAUAUAUGCUCUGUAGCGUAUGCGUAGAUCUGAAGAUGUGUGAGGUUGUCGAUAUGCCGAAUUACGCUAUCGGAGCGUUCUUCCCUCUGUCGGUGUUUGUGUGAAACAUGGAGUGUAUUUCUGUUUAUGGGUU